CUCCAAUGCGUUGUCAGCAGUGUACUGAUAGCUUCGUUCGAUUUCUGUCCUUUGGAUUUUCCGACACCACAGAAAAGGGACAAGCGCUUAUAAGCUCUACCACAGAGGAUAGCACCUAUGGCUUGCUUCAUGCCGAGUUCUUGUCAUGGACUUUUAUUCACGUUCCUUCAUCAGUGGAAUCCAUGAUUAGUUGACUCAUGUUUAAACACUGAUAAAAAUAUUUGUUUUGUACAUGAAGGUGUUCUACGGCGUCGUGUGUCAUUUAAAUGUAUUAAAUUGUAGGUGCAUGUGAUGAAACGGUAGCAUUCGCUUACCUUUGACAGACCACAUUUGGCGUUUAAUUCAGGAAACAGCAUGAGAUUUCCAUGCAAAGGAUGUUCAUUUUUGGAUUAUCUGCUUAACAUAUCUGUGCUCGUAAAGAUGCUAGCAUUCACCUGUCAUUUAUCCAAAACAGAUGCAAAUGCUUGCACUGGGACCUGUGAAGACAAGUUCUUUGAUAUGCAAAGAGGAUGUAAUGAUUAUGAGACAAAGAUGACGAAAUAUGAUAACUUUAAACAAAGCACAGAAUUAUGCCGAAGCCUUGUUGAUUUUCUAUUGUGUGUUGGGAAUGUGGCUCCGAUGUGUUUAGAUAAAAUGAUGGAACUUAAGUCCCCUUUGUUCCAAAGCCCUUAUGAUUGUCAUAUCACGGACGAGGACUUGACUAAAAUUCAGAGGUAUAAAUCUUGUAAACACCUCACGACAUCUACUGCCGCCAAUAGUAUAGAUCCUUCCACUGUAGCUAGCCAAAGUUAUGAACCGAACACAAAAUCUUUUUCUGUUACAUUCCAAACCUCGAGCCCAACCAAUCAGCACCAGAAGGAAUCAAACUCUUCCAAAAAAUUAUAUGUCAAUCUUCAGACACUGGUGAUCGCCUGGCUGUUGUAUUUUGGUGUAGUAGAUAGAACUAUACGUUAAAUGUUUCAAAAUUUCUUAUCUGUACUUGUUUCAAUGAUUUAAACUUGACCAAGACUUGAGUGGGACAAAUAGCAGUUGCUCUUAUAAGUAUAGCUAGAUUGUGUCAAUGAUUUAAAGAAGAACAAAUUGAAGAAGAAAGAACUAAUGCAGACAUUUUCUUCAUCUGUAAAUUAGAAAUGCAUACAUAUUUAAAAUGCUUGCAAAAUCCUUGUUAUAAUGUUAAAAUUGAAUACUGUUUUGUUUUCAAACAUUGGUGUGAAAAAUAAUUUAGAUAUCAGAUAAAAAUGAGGUGAAGAAAUUAAACUACUUCUUGAAUGUGGAUCAAAGAUGAUUUCUUAAUAGAAAAAAAUAACUAAUCAAAAUCGUAUGCAGUAUAUAAAAGCAAAAAUUCCAUAUUUGUAAAGUUUUUUAAAUUCAAUAUUUCUUAUUACUUGAAAAAUUUAUGCAUAUACACAAUUUUCGAUAUUUUCCCCCCAGGAAUCUGUUAACUUUAAUUACAUUAAUAGAAAGUACUUUGAAAAUUUGAUGGAAAUUUUGUGCGCGUUUUAAGAUCUUCAAAAUUUGAAUCUUGCAAUAUGCAUGAAAGACCUUACCUGAUUCUGUUGUGCCACCAUCGAAAAAUGUUAGCUAACAAUUCUGUUGUUUUAUCGAAUUUUCAGUUGUAAAAAAUGCAAAAGCGAUUUCUUGCGCUUUGUUCUGAGAUGUCAUAUGCGCGACUCCUCUGAGUGAUACAUAAUACAUAAAAUUUUAUUUUUUUCCACAAAAACUACCGAAGCCUUGUACUUAUAUAGAGAGCUUUGGAAGUCGUUGCGCAUAUGACGUCAGUGUACCAUGUGACUAUCAAACGAAUAAACUCAAAGGAAGUCGAUACCUGGCAAUUAGACACGAUAAAAAGUUUAUUUCUCAAAUCAUUCCUCAUCAAGGCAAUCGGUGGAUUUUUCUGUUAAAGUCAGUACAUAAGCGUACAUUUGUCAUAUUUUUUAAAUUAUAAGUACAAGUCCUUUAAGUUCUAGUCUUUAUUAACAUAUAAUAUUUGUUUGUUUGUUCAGAAAAUGCAAGGGUAAAUUUAUAAUUAUAUAGGAACAUUCAAUUUGUUAUCUUAUUUUCUCACAAUCUUGUUAUCUUUUUGGAGUUUUGUUGUGUAGUUUGGUUUUGUGCAGAAAGUUAAUUUGUUUAAAAAAUAUCACUUUUAAUUAAUCAUUAAUUUGUACAUUCCAGUCUUUUGAAAGUUUAUAUAUACAUUGAUAGGAGUUGUGCAUUUUUU